UCGUGGGCGGGCGGGAAGGACCCUGCCGAAAGACCCUUCCAUUCCACUGGCUCCAGCAUCGUCGCUCUUGCACUUCGAUCCACAAAGAAGGCAUUGCAAUUGUUGCCGACUGCUCUCUUCUGCAUGUCACCUUAUGAAGCUGUUACAUCCUCAACGGACGGAUCAAAGAACCGCAGCAUUCGGGCCGCAAUGUUUAGCUCUAGGCUUCCUCCAGUCAUUCCACUCGGCGAUGGCGAGGCUGGUGGCUGAGCCAUGAAUUUCGGUGUCACAUUACACACCUCGCAAAGCUCAUACGAUAGAAGAUCCUCUGUAUUUGCUCAUCAGUGGGACAGAAGCCAAAAUCACGCCUGCCUGCAGCAGCAGAUCUGCCUCAAAUGGCUGGUUGGUUAACUCAGGGUGUCGAAAGACCCUGCCAUGCAGCCUGCAUAGGCGCUUAGAGCGGGGGUUGCGGCUCCCGUUCAGUGCCUGCUAUACAAAACAACGAUUCUUGAGCAAUCCUCACAGCCCAGUCCUAUCAUCAAUCCUCAUAAGAGGGCUCACAUUUCGCACUCCGUUUCGUAACCUAAGUUCCACCAAUUACCGUGUCAUGAAUCAACAUGGACCCCACGUGCGCUUGCCAACAACUAGAAGUGUUGUACUGGAAGAAAGGCGAUCAAAAUUGGAGACCAACUACAACGAUCAUUGAGAAGGAACCAGCAUCCUUUCUAGCAGACGAGGGAGAUUUCGAUGUCUGCAUCGUCAAUGCUUUUGCGCAGAAAAUACGCGAAUGUUCAACAUGCCGUGAGAAGUUUGCUAAAGCCUUCAUGAUCCCAGAUCUCUGGUGGAAACGAUACUGCAGGGAUUCCAACGGCUACUUUGGAUGCGAGACAAAGAUUGAUGAAGACGGAAAUACUGCAGGAUUGACUACGUGGGCGCGAUUCCCAGUGAAGCUCACGAACGAAGGACAUACAGGAUACGAAUGGUCAAAGACCAAUGUGGUUACGCACUGGGUGGCUAAGACUCGUCAAACAGUCCUCAUCGUCUUCGACGCCGUCCAACCAGCGGCGAAUUGUAUGAAGAGGGUUCCGGAAGAUGAAUCCGAUCCCAUUUAUGCCGUACCAAACGCGGACUACUUCCUCGAUCCUUACUGGAUAUACAUCGGAAUUUUGGAGAAGGUCGUCACUCUGCAAGAUGCCGCUGUAUGGGCUGUUCGUGUUACAGUCAGGACCACAGAGAAGCAAAGGGAUAUAACCCACGGCUCCGACUCGGCCACGUCAAAACCUGCACCGGGCUUUCGUCAUUUACACGAAACUGCACGACAUGCUAUACACGUUUCCGAGACAUUGGAUUUGGCCGUCAAGGCUGCUAGGAAGAUUCUACUACAACACGAGGCAUACAAAGUUGGCCCUGACGAUCAGUCCAGGUCUUCCACCGCAUGGAAACGGGCUUGGAACCACACACACCAGCGGUUGCAGUUCUUCGAAGAGAUGAUCACGAGCCUUCAAGAGCGCUCGGCUUCCAACAAGGCUCGACACUUCAACGAGAUCUCGCUCGCGUACAACAUGGUUGCUCAGUCCGACGCCCGCAUUUCUGUAGCCAUCGGUCGCGCGACGCAGAGGGACAGCGAGGCCAUGAAAACCGUGGCUUUUCUCACACUACUCUUCCUGCCGGCGACUUUCGUUUCAGCCGUCUUCAGUACUUCGUUUUUUGACUACGACUCGGCCUCAGACUCGUGGAAUGUCUCUGGAAAGUUCUGGGUAUACUGGGUUGUAGCAAUUCCAAUAACCCUCAUAACGGCUCUGCUGUGGUAUUACCGACAUCAUAUGAGCCCUCCAGGUGGUUUCGACAUACUUCGACGGGCGGAUUCCCAAAGAGCAUUUGUGUGUAACGAUAUCGAGUUUGGGGAUGGUAAAGCUGAUGCGGGGUUGCAGCAUCAGGCCCAGGCAAAGUCAUGGACAUAAUGGCAUAGCACGCUGUGCCGCACUUGUGGUCAGGCAGACUCGGACCUGGUGCCGUAAAUAUUGAAUGUGACAGGCAAGCGGGUGACAAAAUCGAUUUCUUGCUCUUCAUCUUGAUAAGUAUCCUUUUUACUACUCAUAUCAUCAC